GAGCGAAAGGAAGGAUAUCGAGUACAAAAGGCGGAAGAAGCCAUUGGCGAGCAUCACUCCCAAUUUCUUCCUCUAAUUUCAUCUCCUCUCUGUAAUUUUCCAUCUCUCUAGGGCUCUACUUCUUCCAAUUUCUCAAAGAAGCAGAUUCCAGCAAUCCACAUCAAUGGCGAGCGCCGCGUCGAGGAGUUUGAUGAAGCAGAGGGCGGCGAUUUCAUCCGGCGCUUGUUCGUCGAUGAGGAAACUAUUCUCCACUCAAACGGUUCAAGAUUCUUCUUCUUUUGCUCAGAGACUCAGAGAUCUGCCGAAGGAUCUUCCUGGAACAAGCAUCAGACGAGAUGCUGCUCAUCUGAUUGGGAAAACUCCAAUUGUAUAUCUUAACAAAGUCAGUGAGGGGUGUGGAGGUUAUGUAGCUGUGAAGCAAGAAAUGAUGCAGCCUACUUCCAGCAUCAAAGACAGACCGGCUUUCGCGAUGAUCGCCGAUGCCGAAAAGAAAGGUUUGAUUACUCCUGGAAAGACGACUUUGAUCGAGCCAACGUCGGGAAACAUGGGAAUUAGUAUGGCCUUUAUGGCUACCAUGAAAGGCUACAAAAUGGUUCUGACCAUGCCUUCUUAUACAAGCUUGGAAAGAAGAGUUACAAUGAGAGCAUUUGGAGCUGAGUUGAUUGUCACUGACCCUACUAAAGGCAUGGGAGGUACUGUCAAAAAGGCUUAUGAUCUUUUGGAAUCAACACCUGAUGGCUUCAUGCUCCAACAGUUCUCAAACCCUGCCAAUACUCAGGUGCAUUUUGAUACGACUGGCCCUGAGAUAUGGGAGGACACAAAUGGACAAGUUGACAUUUUUGUAAUGGGAAUAGGCAGUGGAGGGACUGUCUCUGGAGUGGGACAGUAUCUGAAAUCUCGAAAUCCCAAUGUUAAGAUUUAUGGAGUGGAGCCUGCUGAAAGUAAUGUACUGAAUGGUGGUAAACCAGGUCCUCAUCAUAUUACAGGCAAUGGGGUUGGAUUCAAGCCAGAUAUAUUGGAUAUGGAUGUAAUGGAUAAAGUUCUUGAAGUAAGCAGUGAAGAUGCUGUAAAUAUGGCUAGGGAACUGGCUGUGAAGGAAGGACUAAUGGUCGGGAUAUCGUCCGGGGCCAAUACGGUCGCUGCGCUCAGGCUUGCGAGAUUACCCGAAAACAAAGGCAAACUUAUUGUGACAAUUCAUCCAAGUUUUGGGGAGAGAUAUUUGUCGUCUGUGCUGUUCCAAGAACUGAGGAAAGAAGCUGAGAACAUGCAGCCCGUCUCAGUUGACUAAAGCUGAAUCCAAUCGUUUCCAGUGUGAACAAUAAAAUUUUAUCCAAUCUUAUGUUCGAUGAAUGUUUAGUUCA